UAAACUAUAUAUAUAUAUAUAAUGUCGUGUAGUUAUUCAGGUGAAUAUCAAAAUAAUAUGUAUGAUAGAGUGGCCUCAUCAGUGAUCUCGAAUAACAAUAGCAGUAUUAGUGAAAAUUGUGUAUUAAGUAGUAUGAAUGAUUUGAGGGUAACGAAGAAGAAGUGUAGGGGUUCAAAGAGACAGUCAGCGGUGACUAUAUUGAACGCAGAUGCAUCCAAUUUUCGAGCUUUGGUGCAGCAGCUAACAGGCCGCCCUAGCGAGCCUACUAGAUUAAGGCCAAAGAAGGGUCCGCUUAAUAUUAAUUUCAGCAAAGCAAAACAAGUUGAUCCACGACUUAUAUUCCCGUUUGAGCACAGUACUAACAGGUACCAUCAGCCUUUACAUAUUCAAUAUAAGCAACAAGGUUUUACGGAAUAUCAUCAAGUUGAUCAUUUGAUGUCAUCGAGUAGCCAAUCAUCAAUUCCAAUAUUCUCUGAUAUUCAAACCAACAAUUUAACCCAGGAUUUUUAUGAUAUUGAUCUCGAUAUCGAUCAGUGUUUGGAAGAGCUAGCUAGUUUCAGUCACCAGACUUAACCAAACAAUGGUACGCGCGUGCAUGUUAUAUCAUCAGUUUUUCUCUAAAUUAAAGCAAAUAGGGGGUUAUCUCAAUGUAAUAUUUAAUAUGUUUUUCAUAAUUUUUUAAUCUUUAUAUUCCCGAGUUAUAAUCUCCCAAAUUAUUAUAUAUAAAAGUUAUACUUCGUUAGUUUUUACCAAAUGAUCCUUAUAGUGCGUGUAUUUUUUAUUCUAUAUUACGCGUACGGUUUAUUAUCCAAAUUUAUCAAUUCUUAAUAUUUGAUUUAUAGUAUGU